AUGCUCCGCUCAACGCUCUCGCGGGCGACGAAGCGCCUGCGCGAUGGUUUAAUCAUCGAAAGAAAUAUUAUUGGCAUCAUCGGACGCGAUUUGAGAGCUUCGGAGGCGUUCGUUGAGGGUGCGCGCGGUGAAGAUGCGGUGACGAAGACGACCGCGACGCCGGUUGGUGUUCUGCGAAAGAAUCGCGUGCGCGCGUUCAGCAGCGUGCGCUGGGAGCAGAUCGAGAGCACGAGGACGGAGAGUGAUUUAUUAGGGACGAUGGAGAUCCCGAGUCACGCGCUGUACGGGAUCGCCACGGCGCGGGCGAUGGAAAAUUACGACAUCACUGGGAACAGGCUGAGUAAGUAUCCAGAGUUGGUCCGAGCGCUCGCGUUGACGAAGAAGGCGUGCGCGACGGCGAAUCGUAGGAUUGGUUUAUUGGACAACGAGGUGUAUGAAGCGAUAACACACGCGUGCGAUGCGUUGAUCGAGUCGUCGGAGCAUCAUCAUCACUUUACAGUGGAUGUGAUUCAAGGGGGCGCCGGGACGAGCACAAACAUGAACGCCAACGAGGUCAUCGCGAAUUUAGCAGCCAGGAAGUUGGGAUUGCCGAUCGGAGACUACGCCGUGGUGAAUCCGAACGAUCAUGUGAAUCUGUGUCAGAGCACGAACGACGCGUAUCCGACGGCGGCGAAGUUGGCGGUGGUUUUGAGGCAUUCAAGCUUGGUGGACGCCGUGCGCGGCGUCAUCACAAGUUUACGAGCAAAAGGGGACGAAUUCGAGGAUGUGAUUAAGAUGGGGCGGACACAGUUGCAAGAUGCGGUGCCGAUGACACUUGGUCAGGAGUUCCACUCCUUCGCGGCUACGUUGGCAGCGGAUCUGACGUAUUUGGAGCGAAACAUUGAUCAAAUGUACGAGAUGAAUCUCGGCGGAACAGCAAUCGGGACGUCCAUAUGCGCCGAUACUUCGUUCGCCGAUGAGGCCGUGCGCGCGCUAUCUGAGCUCACGGGACUUCCGAUGCGCUCGCCCAACGAUUUCAUCGAGGCAUCGAGCUCGACGUCGAGCUUCUUGCUCUUCAGUAAUAUUUUACGUCGCAUCGCUAUUAAGAUAUCAAAGAUUUGCAACGACUUGCGGUUGCUCUCGAGCGGUCCGCGGUGCGGGUUGAACGAGAUCAAUCUCCCAGCGGUCGCCCCGGGAUCGUCCAUCAUGCCCGGUAAGAUAAAUCCAGUCAUUCCGGAAGUGAUGAACCAGGUGUGCUUUCAAAUCAUCGGCACGGACGCCUCCAUCGCGGCAGCGUCCGAGGCUGCGCAGCUUCAGCUCAACGUCUUUGAGCCCGUCAUCGUAUACAAUUUGCUUAACAAUAUGGACAUGCUGGAGCGCGGAUUGAACACGCUUCGUACGAAGUGCAUCGAUGGCAUCACCGCCAAUCCGGAGGUGUGCAAGAGAUCCGUGGAUAACUCCAUCGGUAUCGUCACCGCGCUCUUGCCUCUCAUCGGCUACAAGAAGUCUUCUGCAGUGGCGAAGGAGGCUUUGGCGACCGGAAGGCCCGUGGCCGAGAUCGCGGCGCAAUACGCGAAGCCCGAUGAAAUCGCGCAACUUCUGCGCCCGCAAGCGAUGACGAGGGCGAGAAAACUCGAGAAGAGAGGCGUCUGUCUUGACACACCCGCGCCUUUGGAGGCGCAGGCGGAAGGAAUUAUCUGA